AUGCCUGUUAGUGAAUACUUAUCCCAGCUGGAUUUUCUCAAAGAUUCAGCCUCUUCUCUGAGCUCUGAGAGCCCUUCGACCGCGGCGCACCUGUUAGCGGUCCAUAACCACAUUCUGCAUAACGACUUCAAGUCAUUGAAUAUGCGCCAGCAGGAAUUAUGCUGCGGUGCUUGUGGUACUAUCAGGAGCCCCGAGACAAGCAAGACCAUCCAGAUCAAGAAAAAGAAAUCAAAGCGUACUGGAAUUUCUACGGACGGAGCUACAAUCUACAAGUGCCUCCGCUGUCAUCGACGGACAGUUAAGCCGGUUCGAAAAGAGCCUGUCCGUUCCAAGGCGCCAACUAAAUCUACGACGACGACUGUAGAAGCAUCCGUCUCGACUACAGCACCUUCAACAGACAAGACGGUCUCAGAACAGUCUGCUUCUGAGCCCGCCAGCAAAACAGCGGAGAACGCCAGCAGCAAGAAACGGGCCAAAGCACGAAAACAAGGAGGACUACAGGCAUUGCUGGCUUCUAAGCAAAAAUCCCAAUCGGCGUCUUCAUCCCUCGAUCUGUUUGAUUUUCUUCAAUGA